UAAUGAAAUGAAACCAAGAAACUUGUAGGUGGGUUUAAGCAAACCACACCCACAAUUUUCUUCAAUCCUUUUAAGAACACGGGAAAUCAUGGAAACUUCCUUUCUCUACUUCAAUUGAUACUAGGCUGUCCAUACCACAUAUUGUUUUCAUCACGAGAAAUCUCUCUAACGAUCUACCUUUCUCCCAGAAAGUAUUGGUUUCCAUUUCAUCUACGUAGCAAACAACUACCCCCUCUCUAAGAAAGCUGUUUCUCGUGAUUUCUCUUACGCAUAUGUGAACACAGAUAGAAGCAUGCAUAAAAUCAAGAAAAGUGAAAUAUAAAAACCCUAUAUUUAGUCUCAACCAAACAUUAAAAUCUUGGUUUCUUUUGGAAUAACAAGAAAUGGAAAACAGAGCAAGACCAAUUUGUAGUCCUAGUUCUCUUGAGCAGACGCAUUUUGUAGAUAUCCAUGAAGUAUUGCCAGAGGAAGAAGAAGAACAAGAAGAAGAAGAAGGGAAAACAAGAAUUCAGGACAAGGCUAGAAGGGGUCAGAGCAGACUGUUCAAAGUUAGAGAAGCAAAGAGACCAACAAAUAGGAGUUUUAGCAGGCAGGUUUCCUUAGAAACAGGCUUUUCAGCACUCAAGAGAGAAUCCAAGGCUAAGGAUGAAAGGAAGAUUAAUCUUCCACGGAGUGGACGUAGUUUUGGAGGAUUUGAUUCAGCUACUAGGAUUAAUGUAGAAGCAAGGAAAGGAGAUUUUAGCAUCUUUAAGACUAAAUCAACUCUUAGCAAGCAAAAUUCUUUGUUGCCAGGGAGGAAGGAGAGAGAUAACGUGGAGACUCAAAGAGUUGAUGCUUCUAAUGAGCUUGAUGAUUCUGUGCACGAAGGAGUUCCUGCUGGAAGAUACUUCGCUGCUCUUAGAGGACCUGAGCUAGACGAAGUCAAGGACUAUGAAGAUAUUCUCCUACCAAAAGAUGAGAAAUGGCCAUUUCUCCUUCGAUUCCCAAUAGGUUGCUUUGGUAUCUGUCUAGGUCUAAGUAGUCAAGCUGUCUUAUGGAAAGCACUUGCAAAAAGCCCUGCUACCAAGUUUCUCCACAUUACACCCUUCAUCAACCUUGUCCUCUGGCUGUUAGCUGCGGCAGUCUUACUCUCGGUUUUCUUCACUUACAUUCUCAAAUGCAUAUACUACUUUGAAGCUGUCAAAAGAGAGUACUUUCACCCAGUUCGUAUCAACUUCUUCUUUGCACCAUGGGUUGUGUGCAUGUUCUUGGCGAUUAGUGUACCUCCUGUGCUAGCUCCGAAAACCUUACACCCUGCAAUCUGGUGCAUCUUCAUGACUCCAUAUUUCCUCCUCGAGCUCAAGGUUUAUGGCCAAUGGCUUUCGGGCGGAAAACGACGUCUUUGCAAAGUGGCUAAUCCAUCCUCUCAUCUUUCUGUGGUGGGAAAUUUUGUUGGCGCGAUUUUAGCUUCUAAUGUAGGGUGGAAGGAAGUAGGUAAGUUCUUGUGGGCAGUUGGGUUCGCGCAUUAUCUUGUAGUGUUUGUAACAUUAUAUCAAAGAUUGCCCACGAGUGAAGCUUUGCCUAAGGAGCUGCAUCCUGUGUAUUCUAUGUUCAUUGCGGCUCCAUCAGCUGCAAGUAUUGCUUGGGAAAGUAUUUAUGGUGAUUUUGAUGGGUUGUCAAGGACUUGCUAUUUCAUUGCAUUGUUUCUCUAUAUUUCAUUGGUUGUGCGUAUCAACUUCUUCACUGGGUUCAGGUUCUCAGUGGCAUGGUGGUCGUACACUUUCCCUAUGACGACAAUAUCAGUGGCAACAAUCAAGUAUGCAGAGCAGGUCCCUAGCGUUCCGAGCAAGGUCCUCGCUCUUGUGCUUUCUUUCAUGUCAUCAGCGAUGGUGUCAGUAUUGUUUGUGUCCACCUUUCUCCAUGCCUUUGUUUGGCGAACACUGUUUCCGAAUGAUCUUGCCAUUGCCAUAACAAAGAAAAGACUUGUCAAGGAGAAGAAACCCCUGAAGAAAGCCUAUGAUAUAAGGCGGUGGACAAGGCAAGCUCUUAACAAGCAGAAUCCAGAAAGCAAGAACUUUGAUGGAGAAAAUGACGAUUUAAUUACAGAUGGAUCUGCAGUGCGACAUUUGUAAUCCACUCAUAGGCUUUCUUAGCUGUUAGAAAAGCAGGCAAAUUACAUGGCAUUUGUCUUUAUCCAAAAUGCCACAAGUAUAUGGCAUGUAUAGGGCAGAGAACCCAUAUAUGGCAACAACUACAAACACUUGUUAUGAAUUUGCUAUUUCGUUUAAAUGGAAGAGUUGUACGGUAAAAUGAAUUUAAUGCUUUGAAAUUUAAA